GACAGAUCGAGCAUGGGCCCUUAUCUUGAAGAAUCUUUUGAAAACACUUAUGUUUUUUAGUCAUGCGAUGUUUUAUGGUAACGCAACAACAAAAUCGCAAUUCAAUGAGUAGUUUUUUUUCUCAUAUCAAAGUUGAACACUUAAUUGCUGGUGUCAGUGGUGGAGUUACAUCAACUUUGGUGCUUCAUCCACUCGAUUUGCUUAAAAUAAGAUUUGCUGUUAAUGAUGGUCAACAAUUAACCAGGCCUAACUAUCAUGGCCUAGGCAAUGCUGUCACCACAAUUGUGAGAGAAGAAGGAAUACGUGGCCUGUAUAAAGGUGUUACACCAAACUGUUGGGGAGCUAGCCUAGCAUGGGGAUUCUACUUUCUUUUUUAUAAUGCUAUCAAAGCAUGGAUGUUGGAGAAAGGGAAUAAAAAAACUUUAGGAGCUGGAAGUCACAUGCUAGCUGCUGCUGAAGCAGGGGUUAUUACUCUUUUAAUGACAAACCCUAUUUGGGUUGUGAAAACCAGAAUGUGUUUGCAGUAUUCACAAGAAACUAGUUUACCUCCUUCAAAACACUACAAUGGAAUGGUGGAUGCACUAGUCAAGGUAUAUCGCCACGAGGGAGUGUCUGGAAUGUACAAGGGACUUGUUCCUGGAAUGUUUGGGGUAUCUCAUGGUGCUUUGCAAUUUAUGGCUUAUGAAGAAAUGAAGAAGUUCUAUAUUGGUUAUUAUCAGUUGCCAUAUGAUGAUAAAUUGGGAACUUCGCAAUACUUAUGUUUUGCUGCCUUGUCCAAGUUGUUUGCUGCUAGUGUGACAUAUCCAUAUCAGGUUGUUAGAGCUAGACUACAAGAUCAAUACAAAGAGUACUCUGGUGCAUUGGAAGUUAUCAAAAGGACAUGGAGGUAUGAAGGCUUGCGAGGUUUUUACAAGGGUUUGCCAGCUUACUUCCUCCAUGUGACACCCAACAUUUGUAUCGUCUUCCUCAUUUACGAGAAACUGACACGUGUAUCUGAACCUGAUGAAGAUAUUCUAUGACACUUUAAUAAGCAUAGACAUUUCAAAACAUUUCUUGUAACAUUUUUGAAAUGCUAAGUGUUGAAAACUUGAAAUUUCGUUUCAUAAACCUUGAUGGCAAAACAUGAUUAUGUAGGGCCAUUUGAGAAAGCAUUUCAAAUUCUAAACUCGAGUAGUUUCUAUUAUAAUUUUACUAUACUGCCUCCAUAUGUCAAGUAAGUUACCUAAAGAUAUCAUUUUUAAGCCUCUUUAUUUACCUCUUUUUAAUUGUUGUCAAAAAUGAAUAAAAUUGUAAUUAUUAAGUUAAUGUAAGUGAUUAUUUAGCUAGUUAUGAGCGAACAAAGUGAGUGGUGUAAUGGUUUGACGCUGGUCUUUUACGCCCAAAGGCUCAGGUUCAGUCCUUGCUCCAGUUGGUGGUUUUUCAAGAUGCAGAAAAUUGAGUAUGUGGCAUGUAGAAGAUCCUUCGAGCGCUCGUUUGGCUUAGAGUGUUCUCGGCAAAAUUAAAUUCCUAGAGCAAUUUCGCAUCGAAUAGAGUCCAGGCGCCUCCAUCUGGUGAGGAAACUGGGCUUCAAAAUUCUCGUGGUAAAAGCAUUGGCCGAUAGUGGUCUACAUGAAUGAAUGGAUGCUAUGAAAUAAGUUUUUGUACAACAAUAAAAAAUUACAGUUGAUCUUUUCAGUGCUAACCGAGCUCAUAGAAAUAGUCUUCAGGUUUGAAAUAUUUUUUUUUUAAUUUUUUACUACACAAUACUGUCUUUUUCAAGAAGACUUAUUGUUUGUUCUAUUUCAAUGGACAAUUUUUUUUUUUUGACAUUUCCUUAACAUUCCUUUGUUUUCAUAAAAUUAUUAAGAUUUGGUUCAUACUUAUAUACAUUAUGUAAUGUAUUGGGAUUUAUGAAAUGGUUAAAUACUUUACUCUGGUUGUGCACAACCAAGCUAGAAAUAUAUGAACUAUUUCAUUAAACAUGCUACAUAAUGAUGAAAGCCCUUUUAAAAAUUUGAUAUUGAUAUUGUAAUACUGAAUAGUAUAUCAAAACGAAUUUCUGUUUUUAUAAAAUAAGUUCUUUUUAAUAUGUACCAUGUUAAAUAUUAACUAAGCCCUACAGGCAUUCAGCGCAGUACUUAUUUAUUGAAUAUAAUAUUAAGCAUGUUUUGAUUUGUAGUGCAAUUUGACAAGUGCAUAGAGGGAAAGGGCGGCAAAGUAUAAUAGUUUAUUUCAUUUAUUUACUCAUCUAUAAAUUCAUUUACAUAGUCAUUGAUUUAUUUAUUAAGUAAUUCUUAAACAUUUAUCUAUUAAUUCCUAAUUUGAUAAUUUAUUCAUUCAUUUAUGUAAUCAGUCAUUAAUUCGUUUGCUUUUUAUUCUUUCAUUUGGGGGGGGGGAGGAGGGGGUCAAACUGCAUAGGACAUGAACAAUUCUUUGAAAAGAAUCACUCAAAAAUGCAACUUUUCCCCCAAUUUUAGUCUAAUCCUUUUUCUCAAGUGCAAAAGAAGUAAAUACAGUCAGACCCCGAUUUAAGAAAUUCAUCAGGGCCGAAACUUUUAUACAUUAAAUCAGGGUUAUUCGUAAUAUCGGGGUGUGAAAAUGUUUUAAAAAAUUGAAUUCUAAAACUCCUAAUAAACAACUGCGCAAAAAUAUCCACAAUUAGAAAGUUUACGUUUUUAUCCAGCAUUUCACGACUUAUAACUAGUUAAUUUGAAAUUUUAAACUACUGAGUAAUAGAUGUUUGGACAAUUUCCUUGAUACUUGACUCAAAAUAGUUCUCAUUCGACGUUAAGGAGAGAAAAAAAAUACUGUGUCUUUUGCAGACUGCUGCAUGAGAUAUGUUUUUACAGUUUCCAGGCCGUAUAAAGCAUUGGAAAAAGUAAGUUUUAAUGGGAGUUUCACUAUCUUUUUCUGCAUCGGAAUCACUAUUCGUUGGUUUCCCUCUCGCCCGUCACAAAUUGCAGAUUCCAAAAAAAAAAGUUUUCUGCUUAGGACCAUAUGGAUGUAACAUUUAGAAAACAAUCUAAUAUUUCCUAACUCAAAUUACCAAAAAAAAAAAUAGGGCUGUUAAAAUAAUUUGUUAUUUCGGGGUUUAUUAUUCGAUAAAUAGGAGUUUUUGCUUUCAUUUUAGUUGGGGGAAAAGAAAAAUUCGCUAAAUUGUGAAAUUUCUUAAAUAGAGGUUUGUUAAAUUGGGGUCUGACUGUAUUCAAAAAUUCAACUGUGAAAAUUAAUUAAGACCAAAUCAUUACAGCAUAAGACCGACUGCUCAAAAAAAUGUAAAAAAUACCAUAUUCAAAUUUUCCAUUAGUAGUUUGCAUAAAAAAUAAUAUUGAUUACAAAGCUUAUUGCAGUAAGGCUAGGCUACAAUGUGAAUUUUUAUUGAUAUAAUUCAAAUUAACAAUCAAAAAUCGCAGUGGCGGAAACAAAACCUUUAAAAAAAAUCCCUCUCACAAAAAUGAGAUUUUUUUGUAGAAUCCCGUAAAAGUUGCGUUUUUGAUCGUAAGUGUAACAUUUCAUUUAUUUUUGUUAAACGUCGGUCAGGGUAUGACGAGGGCAAAUUGCCUUUUAUCAGAAAGAUUGACCUUCAGUUUUGAUAUGUUUCAAUAAAUAUCUACCUCACAGCCACACUAAAGUAUGUCCUCACAUUUUUACUACUUUUCGGGAGAGUAAAAAUGUUUGUUUACUGCAUACAAAGGUUGGGAAGCGCUCUCUUAUAAAACUGGUCAAUAAAUAUGUAGGUGUUUUUUUUUCAAACAAAAUUAUGUUGUUACGGCUUAAUGCAGGCUAGGAAUUUAUCCAUAUUCUGACCAUUGAUGAGAUGGAAAGGCUAACAUCCAGUUUAAAGGUGGAAAUGGACGCAACUAUUAGUUUUCAGGGAUACUACCUUUUUUAAAUGAAAUCACCAAAUUUUAGGAGCUCCAACAAUGAAAUAAUGCCCUUACUCUAAUUAUUUAUAACCUAGCAAAUCCCCCCCCCCCUAGAAGUGGGGGGACCUUAUUAUAACCAAUCUUCCUGUGCACGUUCAAAUGCGUAUGUUGAAAUUAAAAUCAUGCCUACUGUGAUAUUAAUGAGAAGAUUAAAAGAUGAUUAGGUGUAUUGUGAUAUAAUAUACUUGUUUGAGAAAAAUAAAAAUGCUGUUUAUAGUGUAAUAUUUAACGGUUAGGUGUUUAUUGAUAUUUAUUGUUACAUAAUUAUUUAUGUGCACAUAACUUGAUUGUUUUGGUUAUAAGAACUAGAGUUGUUUUCCAUCAGAGCUGAUGCUGAAUUGUAUACAGCAAAACAAAUCAUGACAGCUGCUACCCAAGUUCAAUAUAAAAAGAGCAAUGUUGAAAUUUAAAUGCAAAAAGUUGUAGAAUCUGGAUUAUGUGCAUUAAAAAUCAUAAAAGUAUGCAUGCAUAUAUACACCAAAACACCAAAAAUGUGCAAUAAAAUUUAUUUUUUACUCACACUUAGAAAGUUGACACAUCUGAAUUUUA